CUUUCCAAUUGUUACAAGUUAGUGGGUCAGGAAAAAUUGUAAACAAAGAAAACCAAACAAAGGUGCAAUCAAAAUACAUUUAAUACUAUUGGCUGAUUCUAACCAAAAAUUCAUGUUCAACGAGAUAACCAAUUUCACAACUUGCGACGCAUAAUAGGACCCUCAAUGGUGGUUAUUUAAACCGAAUAAAAGACAUCUUGGGACCGUUGACGUCCGUUUGUUGUGUUUCAUUCAAGUCGAGUCCGUGAGGGCAAGUUUUUAAAAAGGCGCUUGUGGCGAUAAAAGAAAAAAUUAAAAGUAAUAUCUGAAGCGAAACGGUUGUGUCCUUGUUCUUUUGAGUGACCAAAGUUGGGCAAUCUGAGUUGGGAUGAUACAGAUUUCAUCUCAUGUAUUGAAGAGCUCAGGUAAACAAACAGCUUGUGAAAUUAGAAAACCUUGUUUAACCGAUUAAAAUUUGCUGUAAUUGUUUAUUGUCAAAGUGUCUAUUUUGAAAAUGUACUAUCGCGUUGGUUGAAAAGUUGGUGAUCAGUUUGAAUCCUCAAGUAUACGUGUCAAUCUAGAUGAAAAGAAAGGAGCACGAUCAAAAGUGUAUUCCUAAUUUUUCCAUUGUAACCAGGAAGCAUUCUAAAGAUUUGAACACGCUUUCAAGGAUGAGAAAUAUCGCGAUUUUAAGAUCUUCCAAAUGAGGGAAUAACGGUAGUUUUGAGGAUGUUAAAUUUACGCCGUAGGCUAAAACAAAACCAGAAUGAAAAUUGUGCUCGCUCUGGAAACAGAGAAAAAGAAAGGGAAAUCAAGAAAAAUCUAUAGUAGGGCGGGUUAACAAGCGUAGCUAACAGUUCAUCAAUAGUUCAACAAUAGGUAUGAAUGUCUUCUUUUUUUUUCAAUGAUUUGACAUAUGUGUACGUACAACGAGUAUUUCUUUUUGGCUGGUUAAAACAAGGGCUUUUUAUUUAAGAUACGUCAAUGCGUAAGGCACCUUUUCAGGAGCGUGCAGUGUUUUACUAAUAUUGCUGUUUCGUGUAUGAGAGGUCAAUUUAUAACAGUAUGUAGCAUUUUAGUUUUUUUUAGAGAAAAAAUCAACAAAAGAAAGGUUUGAUGUGAUCUGUGUCAGCUGACUGGAGACUCUGUGCGCUGAAAAAGUAAUCAAAAAAAGUUGUUUUCUUGAGUGAUGCGAUACAUUUCAAUGAAAGUGCCGAAUAUGCGUUUGAGCAAUGUCAAAAAUUUUCUUUUAAACUAAUUAAAAAAAAAAAAACUAUGAUAGUUUGAAAAAAAAAAAAUGUUUAUUAUAAAUUGUUUAUGAGGAAUGCGUGCAAGAAGAAAUAAAUAAAAAAAAAAAACAUAAUAUUUAUUUUGAUCGUUACAAAGAAUACUUUUUUCAUGCUUUAGAAAACUAUUGCUGUUUACUUUUAGGAAAACGGCGCUGACUAAUGUGAACGAAAGAAUUACCUUGUUAUAGAAAAAAAAAUUAAAAAAAAAAUAAGUUUGUUUUUUUGGGCAUGACACAUAUAGUUUAAGUGUUUUUAUCUGUAAGAACUUUGGAGAUUUUAUUUUCCAUAAAGGAAAACAAAAGGAUUUUAUCUUUCAGCAGAAAAAAAUUUUUAAUAAACAGUAGGGAAGCAAAAAAAUGGUGCAUAAAUUGUUUAACAAUUGUUUUAAUUUCAAAUAAAAUUAUUAAUAAUUGUUGUUUCACAAGUAUUUAAAAGCUGCCACUACCGUAAAUACUUCAAACUGAUUAGGCAAGUAGACGCUCAUUUCUUUAGCAAAAAAGCGGUCUAAAUCUAUGACGACUUUGGCACAGAAACAGCAAGUUCUUGUUAUUCAUAAUGUUCUGGCAAGUGCUACAUUUGAAUGCAAUAAUAAAAUCGAUUUAGACAAAAGUAGUACAGUUUUGGGGAAUUCUUAUUAUAAUCCAGAAGAAUUUCCUGCAUUAAGAAUUGACGUUCGCGGAAAAAGCGGGUCCAUUUACACUCUUUCUCUUUUUGAAUCAGGAAAGAUUCAAUCAACAGGUGGAUGUCGAACAUAUGAAGUGAAAACAGCUAUGAUUAAAAUUUCUAAAAGAUUAGCGGCCAAAUUAAAUUAUAAAAUUAAUUUAAAAAAUUUUGAGAUCCAAAAUGUUCUAGCCGUUUACGAUAAUUGCUAUCCAAUAAAUUUGGUGAAAUUUGUGUCUGAUUUUAACGGAAUUGUUGACUACGAGCCGGAUCGAUUCCCUGCUGCACGUGUUCGUAUCGUUGUACCGCCUUUGGAAAGUGCUUUAAAUAAUUCCAAUAGCCAAGCGGAGCUUGAUCAUUUAAAAGUGACUCAAGAAAAAAAAAAAAAAAAUGUUUCCGUUAAACUUCGCAGAUUAUUGAUGGGAGAAUUAGAAUCAGAAAAACACUGUUUAGAAUCACUUUCAACCGAGGGGGCAGUUGGAAGUUAUAUGAUAACAAGCGGAGCUAAGCGAGCUUACACUCCGCAUACAUUAAAAGAAGCCAAAAUCAAUAAGGAGGAGUCUGUUACAGCCAAUGUUUUCUCUACAGGAAAAAUAACGUUCACUGGUGCAAAAUCCAUUCGCAGUCUUAAUUAUGUCGUAGAGAUACUAAAACCUUUUGUGGAUUCUUAUUCGUUUCAUUCAUCAUCGCUAAAAACAACAAAUACAUUAUCUUUGCAAACUCUGAAUUCUAUCAAUGAUCCUGAUGUGUUAACAGGAAUCCAACUUUUCCAUGAAGCAGAAAACACUUCACCAAACAAUACUUCCGACAAUGUAUUACAAGAACGAAUUCAAGCUCUUCAAAAACAGCAAUCGUCUUUAGAGCAUUUUAACUCGACGUCGUGUUUUCAAAUGCCUACACCCUCUCAUGCCGACUUGUUGCUGUUUAAAACAGGAUUUUAAAUAAAUUUUUUUUAUUUGCGUUUUUUAUGUCUCUCCUCUUCAUUCCAAAAAAAUAACCCGUUCCUUUUUCUCUUUAAAUUAGUUUAGAACGACUAUCUAAGCUUUU